UGGGGGUGGAGCCCACGGUAGAGGAGACUCAAAAGCUACUUUCCAGCAACUUGCAGUCAGAAGGCAGCAGCUUUCAAACAGCUCUUCUUCUACUGACCUAUACUUGAGGUACACUUCUGGAGGAAAGAUGUCAGGCUCCUUCAGGCGUCUGAUCUCCGGCCGCAACACUGCGGUGCUGCUGGCCAGCUUGGGGGCAGGGACGAUGGCCACUGGUGUGUUGCUGAAUGAGAACGGCUCUCUUGCAGCCGAGGCGAAGAAGAAGCUCUACCCUCCCAGCUCCGACUUCCCUGACCUGAGGAAACACAACAACUGCAUGGCCGCAGCUCUGACUCCAGCAGUUUAUGCUAAACUGAGGGACAAGUUGACUCCCAACAAUUGGACCCUUGACCAGUGCAUCCAAACUGGGGUUGACAACCCUGGUCACCCUUUCAUCAAGACAGUGGGCUGUGUUGCUGGUGACGAGGAAAGCUAUGAGGUGUUUGCUGAACUCUUUGACCCGGUCAUCAAAGACAGACACAAUGGCUACGACCCCAGAACCAUGACACACCCCACUGACCUGGAUGCCUCCAAGAUAAAGAACGGGAUGUUUGAUGAGAACUACGUUCUGUCGUCCCGCGUCCGGACGGGUCGCAGUAUCCGCGGACUGAGCCUCCCUCCGGCCUGCUCCAGGGCCGAGCGCCGUGAGGUGGAGCGGGUCGUAGUGACAGCUCUGGCUGGUCUGAAGGGAGACCUCGCGGGACGCUACUACAGCCUGGGUGACAUGACGGAGAAAGAGCAGCAACAGCUUAUUGAUGACCACUUCCUGUUUGACAAACCUGUCUCUCCACUCUUGACGUGCGCCUUCAUGGCCAGAGAUUGGCCAGAUGCCAGGGGGAUCUGGCACAACAAUGAGAAGACCUUCCUCAUCUGGGUAAAUGAGGAAGACCACACCAGAGUCAUCUCCAUGGAGAAGGGCGGCAACAUGAAGAGAGUGUUUGAGAGAUUCUGCAGCGGUCUCAAACAGGUCGAGCAUCUGAUCCAGGAGCGAGGCUGGGAAUUCAUGUGGAACGAGCGUCUGGGAUACAUUCUCACAUGCCCCUCCAACCUGGGCACCGGCCUCCGGGCGGGAGUGCAUGUCCGCCUGCCAAAACUCAGCAAGGACCCACGUUUCAAUAAAAUCCUCGACAAUCUACGGCUGCAGAAGAGAGGCACGGGCGGAGUUGACACGGCAGCCACCGGAGACACCUUUGACCUUUCCAACCUCGACCGUCUGGGCAAAUCUGAGGUGGAGCUGGUUCAGCUGGUGGUCAAUGGGGUCAACUACCUGAUUGACUGUGAGAAGAAGCUGGAAAAGGGUCAGGACAUCCAGAUCCCAGCUCCUCUUGUUCAGUUCAAGAAGUGAGAGCCGAAGCUGCGCGUGCUAGCAGGAGAUCGAGCGUGAUGGAGAACCUUGGCACCACUACAGAGGUUGACGUCUGUCUCAGAGAUUGUAAAUCUUCAGGGUACAAAGAUCUUUAACAUGACCUGCAGAAAAGUCUACCUCAAGUAAAGGAUCACCCUGACUUUAAUUAAAAAACAACUAUUUAACAA